GGAGAGUUCCCCUCCCCGCCCCACCAAGAAAAAAACCCCAAACCCAAAAUCAGUUACGCUGUAGUGAGCUUUAGGGAGGGCAGCUAGAACACAGCUGUGUUUUGUGGUUAAGAGCUUUAGACAAUAAGAUGUUUGAGGACACAAACUUCUGCCUCCUGAUAACUUAUGUCUUGUUCUUUCUUGCAUUUUUUCUGCCGACUAGGUUGUGCGCUGGUAUUAAGUUUCCCUGAACGCACCGUUUGUGUAAUACUGAUAUUUGAAGAACGUGCUAGUAGUUCUUUUAAAAACAAUUUAUCUUUCCAGGUGCAUCCAAACCAAAAACAGCUUCCCAAGAUGUCUAAGUUGGAACUGCACCGUCUUAGUUUUGCAAGCAAUAUUCCGUAUAUUUUCUGUAAAAUAAUGAACACUGAAUUGCAGAUGGCUGCUUUCUGUCUAAGGAGCAAUGAACGAAGACUCACUUCUUUACUAAAGAAUGGAAAGAGGUGUAAGCAUCUCUGUACCAUCAUCUCUACAAAGCAAGGGGAAUUUUUCCUUAUUAGGAAACAGGAAGCUUUUUUUUGACACUCAUGCACUGGUGUGCCUUUUGGAAGAAAAUGGGUUCACUACCCGGCAGUCAGAGGUCAUUGUAUCUGCCUUAGUGAAAAUUAUGAACACCAACCUGGAGAUGAUUUACAAGGACAUGGUCACCAAAGUACAACAGGAGAUUGCUCUUCAACAAAUAAUGUCCCAUAUUGGUGGUGUAAAAAAGGAUAUGAUUAUUCUGGAAAAAAGUGAAUUUUCAGCACUACGCUCAGAAAAUGAGAAAAUAAAACUUGAACUCCUGCAGAUAAAGAAGCAAGUCAUGGAUGAAAUUACCAAAGUUUGUGCAGAUAACAAGUUAAACCUCAACCUAGAGAAGAGUAGAGUAAAAGAACUGUAUUCACUUAAUGAAAGAAAACUACUCGAAAUGAGGACCGAAAUAGUGGAAUUGCAUGCACAGCAAGAUCGAGCUCUAACUCAGACAGACAGAAAAAUAGACACAGAAGUUGCAGGUCUGAAGACAAUGCUAGAAUCGCACAAACUUGACAAUAUUAAGUAUUUAGCAGGUUCAAUAUUUACAUGCCUUACUGUAGCACUGGGAUUUUAUCGUUUAUGGAUGUGAUGUGAUACAGCAUCAUUUUGGACUUGUACUGUCUUGCUUUCUGAAAACCAAGGAGGUUUUAUCUCUGCCCUGACUUUAACCAAGUCUUGACUGUUUUAUUUAUUUUUUUCUAAAGCAGACUAUAUUGAGAAUGUAACCAAAGAUGUGCCUAGAAACAAACUGUACAUAUACCUUGUAUAUUUUGAAAUUUACCUCUGAUCAAAGCAUGGUAUAUGCAUUUCUGCUAAUUCCUUCCCCUCUGAACUGCUGUACAGCUUGCUAUUGCAAAAUGUCAUUUAAGUAAAGACUGGCAUUCAUACCAGUUGUACGGGGCUGCAUGAUGUAGGGAAGAAUCUGCUUACGUUCCAGAGUCUAUUCAGACAUGGUUGCCAUGCAUGUAUCAGAGUGGAAUCUUGAUUCUGAAUGUAAAAGCAAAACUACACUUUUUGUGGCUUGGAGGCACCCUUGUGUAAGCAGGAUUUGUGUUAAUUGAAUCAUGCUUACCUCCCUCUUUCUAACGCUUGUUCAUAUGCUUACUAUGAUCAAAUACUUGUUUUGCUAUUUUUAUAACAUUUCAGUCAUCAGCUUGUUUUCCAGAUGACCGUCCAAUCAAUCAUGUUUCAUGAAACAGUACUGUGUAAUGAUAGCAGUGCUUACUGCUAUAUUUUGUCUGUAGUAUAUUUGUAGAGUUCUUGGUAACUUGCCUUUGGUACAUAUAAGUAUCUAAAAUUCAUUCCAUAUGCUAAUUGUUAACUUUACCACUAUAACUAGAAGAGAAGUUUGAAAUGCAGUAAAAUGCAAUAAUUGUGUUACAUUUUUACAUUUAAAUGAUACAAAGCAUCUCUAGUGCUGGUUCUUUGAUGGAAGGGAAAUGAUGCUUCUAGAAAGGAAAGAGAUUUUAACUGGUGGUUAUGAAGCAGUGUCUCAGACCAGGGAACAGCUAUACUGAUGGCCUUCUGAUUUUUUUUAAAAAAAAAAAAAAAAGAGAGAAAUUCCCCUUGAUUCUUCAAAUGUGGUACCUCAUUAGUGAUUAUAAAGAUGAAAGCAGUAAUGGAGACCUGCAAGUAUGCUUAACCUGGUUCUGAACAAGGCCAUGUGAACUGGUUAAAGUAGCUUACAGCAAUGGAGGAAAAUGUCUAGUGGGUCCAGAAAUCUAUCACUUUUCCACUGAUGAAAUGACUGCUUUGAUAACAGAGCUACCAUCUAUGUUUCUUCAAUUAAGGGAAAUUGCCCCUUCUUGCCUGCUCUUAGGAGAAGAGAGCAACCUAUGCACUGGAAAUAAAUGCUGUUAGAGCGCAAUUCUAGCUUUGCUUAAUCAAAGUAAAGCUGUUUGGCUUCUUUGUGACUGUACUGUAAUAACGAUUUAACUUUUUAAUGGUUGGGAGUGCCGUCUUUGAUUAUGUGCAAGUCAGGAGGAAGUGGUGGAUGCCUGUAAGAAUUCUAGAUCGGCUUGAAAUAAAGAAUUUUGGAUGUUUCUAUAAAAUAUACUGAGUUUUCAUUAUAAAAUGCAACUUUUUAAAAAGCAUUUUGACUUUAAUCUUUUUAAAGUAAAUCACUGCCAAUAAGUCUUUUUUAAACUAAUAAUUAGCAAGGUGAACAACCACUAUAGCACACUAAAAAGGAAAGAACUUUCAAUAAGCUGUAUAAAGAAAAAUAUUACUGCAAAACAUAUCUAACCUAACGGCCUCUCUAAAAUGAAUGUAUCUAUAUUCAGAAUCAUCAAGGUGUGUGGGUUUUUUUGGUUUGGAAGGAGGUUAGGUUUAAAAAUUUCUUUGCACUAGCUUACGGUACUUGACCCUUUUUUCAGAUAGAGAAGCUUUGAUUUAUUGUUUCGAAUGGUCUCAGUGUCAUUUCCCAUCUUCUUGAGACAGAUAGUUCUACAUAUAUAUAUGUGUAAUCAGCAUAUCUUUGCUGUAUGCCUGAGUAUCUGAUAAAUACUUGCUAAAAUAAUUCUUCAGAACUAAUUUUAACUAUAGGGUGUAUUCUGCUAAAAAUAGAUGUUAUACAAAUAGAUUUAUGUGUGUAAAUACACAUAAAUCUUGGUAGAGGGAGGAAGCAGAAGACUAUAGAACAGCAUUGUCCAGGAAGUAGGAAAGUAUCCAAAAAAACUGCACUUUUGGUGAUUGCUCUGAACAAGAAAUAAAAGUUAAUAUGUCAUUCAGGGAAAGAACAAUAUAAAUAAAAAAUAGCUGUAAUUUCCAAGCCCACAAAGUUUUGAAGUGUGAUGUACUUGUUACUGCUAUCUUACAUGCAUACAAUGCAAAAUCUUCUCUUGAUUUCUUUGGAUUUUAAAGGUCAGUAUCGGUAUUUAGUACUCUUUCCAAUAUGGUGCACCACAUUUAUUUGUACUAGCAUUCCAAAAAGUAGAAAGUCCCUCUGCAUUUCUAAACAUCAGAUUCUUUCAAAAGGGUAUUUAAACCUGAAAGACUCACCCUUUGGUACAGGUGAAAAGCAAAAACAGAACAUACUGCUAAAUUUCUCUUGAAAAGCAACAGUUGAAAGCGUCAGAUGAUUACUAAAUUCAUAACUACAGGAGGUUUAAGUUAGCAGUUUUCCCAGUUUUUCCCCCUUUUAAGACUUUUCUGCGUUAUGCUGUAUAUGUCUUUAGUCUGGUGUAAGCAGCAAUUCUAACUGUACAGAAAUAGUUUUCAGUUCUCUGACUUCGGAUUUUGGCUUUGUAUUUACAGAACUUUUUUAAAAGAUGUAAGUGAAAAAUAGAUAGACUGUUUUCCCAUAAAACCACUGCAGCUGUGAAAGUCUGUAGUAGCUCCCUCUUAGUUCAGAAUGUACCUAUUCAUUUCCUGCCUGGCAGGUUGGGGGAAAGGUAUUAACAAAGAAAAAAUUUAAUCUAGGAAGUCAGAUUUUUCAGACUGUCUUUUUAAGCUAGCAUGCAGAGAGUGAGGAUGCAGCUAAAGCUGAGCUCCAGCUCUGAUUUGCUUUCUAGAAGAGCUCAUUCCUCUGCUGAGAGUACCUAAGAGUAGUUGUCUGCCUAUGCCAAAACUAGUUUUUUGUGACUAUUCCUCUUGAAAUUCCAGAUUUAGACAGAUUCUCAGUGACCACAGCCUAGCAAAGACAGGAGGUUCUUUAAGGAUGCCUUUUCUUUUAAGGAAGGAAAUUGAGCAUCACUCUUUUUGCUGCAAAACAUAAGUUGAUCCUAAAGCUUCUCUGUUUUGGAGAACAAAUAGAGCUCUGGAGCUCUUACAAAACCAUAUUCCCUUGUAGCAUAUUAGAGGGAGUAUAUUGAAUUUAGCUGCUUUAGUCUGUCUUGUUUUCCCUCCUGUUUUUAGUUAAAAUUUGAAAGGGGGCUGUCUUUUCCACUAGCCUAUAUUAGGUAAAUUGUUUACCUGAAGUGAUUCAGUAUUAUUGUUAAAUUGCUUGCUGUUUAACUCCCUUGCUAUUGGAAGUCUUAACUUCAUCAUUUAUUGAUGAAGUUAAGCAUACUGUAGGAGUUGUCCUUAAAACCAUGAGCUGACAAAAUGGAAACAUGUUUUUAACAUAGAUAUGAAAUCUGCUUCAGUCUCUCUACACACAAAUGUGUUUUGCAUGUUAAUGACCAUACUUUUAUAAGCCUUAUUCUGGUAAUUACUAUUCACUUAACUGAUCUUGUAAAUGGUGAAAUCCUAGCUCCUUGCAGUUACUAAUACAGCUCCUAUUGGCUUUGGAGAAUACAUACUUUUACCUUCUAGAAAUUCAAAGUCGUAACACUUCAGUGAUAUCAUGACAGUGUGGUUUUUUGUUGUUUUUUUUUUCCUCCUCCAUACUCUUGCUACCAUCUGUAGACCUGGCACAGGAGAACUACUUUUUUAAUCAGCAAAGUUAGCUGACAUCCUGUGUGACUAGUUCCUUUUAACUACUGCUUGCAAGGUGUGGGCAAGACUGACUUUUGCAUCUCCCACUGAGUUUUCAGGGAUUGAGUGGAUUAUCUCUAUUUUUUUAAAGGAUCAAAACUCUCUCUGUAGAAUAAUACGAUAAUGAACAAAACUCCCAUGGAAAGUCUCUUUUAAAGGAAUAAGUACAUUGUAAAAUAAGUCAGUAAAAGUGAUAUUUGAUGUUUGAAUGUAUUGGUACAAGUUAUAUUCCAAAAUAAAUUAUUUCUUUAUUGCGA